AUGUCAAGAAGACCUAGAUACAUUACGCGAACUGUCUCAAAAGCCUUAUACUUCCCACAAAUUAACACUGUUAAUUCUAAUGUUGACACAGUUAAAGCUCCUAAUAGUGAGCGUGUAUGCGGGAAUCUUAAUUGCAUGAGGCGUGAAGCUGUCCUUUGGCGUAGAGAUCCUUCUGGUAAUGGUUGGCUUUGUAAUGCUUGUAGUAUUCAUCUUCGUCUCCUAGGACACCAUAGACCUCUUAAAACAUGUUUAAAGAGUAAAGGCGGUUUAAGUAUAAGCAAUAUAAUAAAUGAUAGUGGUAGUAAUAAUAGUAUCUACAGAAUUAAUGGUAAUGAUGGUAGUGGAAAUAUUAAUAGUGUUAACAGAAUUAAUGGUAGUCGAAGCGUUAGUAGUAAUGAUGAUACCAAUAAAAUUAAUGGUAAUGAUGAUGUUAGCAGAGUUAGUGGUAGCGGAAACGUUAAUGGUGUAGAUGGUAAAGAAAACAUUAGUAGCAGGGUUAAUGGCGUUGAUAGAAUUAUUGAUAAUGGAAGCGUUGCUAGUAAUGAUGAUGAUGGUAAUGAUGAACAAAGAAUAUUACCUGAAAAUAAUGAUACAAAGAAAUCAUCUAAUAAAAGAUUAUAUUCUGAAGACAAUUUGACUAGUAGUUAUAGAAAGGAACAAAAAAUAUCCAAAAACAACGAUACAAAGAAGUAUAUGAAAAAUGGUUUCUACUCGAUUGAUCUAAAGAGAGAUGAGUCUUCGAUGACGACGGCAAAAGCAACAUAUAGAACUCGUGGCAGUAUAAAAAAGGAAAUGCAACUUUUAGACAACUUUCCAAAAAGUUACCUUCCACUACCUACAAAUUAUGGUAAAAUUAUAACAAAAGAAAAAAAAAUUUUUGAAUUACCAUGGAACCUUAUAAAAGAAUAUGAACUUGGACUAACGAAAAGAAGCCCACCACCAUAUAUAAAAAUCCAAAUGAAUUUAUUUAUUCAACGAAAACGUAAACAUGAAGAGCCAGUAGUAUGUCAAUGUGUAGUCCCUAGUGAUGGUGGGAUGGGAUGCAACGAAGACUGUCAUAACAGAGCAAUGUGUUAUGAAUGCUCGCCCAAACACUGUAUUCUUGGAGAUAAAUGUUCAAAUCAAAGGUUCCAGAGGAAAGAAUGUGUGAAAGUGUUAAGAGUAUUUGAGACUCAUGGGAAAGGAUUUGGCCUUAAAACAUUAAAUUUUAUAAGAAAAGGACAGUUGAUCUUGGAAUAUCGUGGUGAGGUGAUAACACAAGAUAUGGCAAAGGAACGAAUUGAAGGAGUAUACAAGAAUAAAAUACAUUCGUACUUUUUAGAAUAUGAAAAAGGGGAAGUAUUAGAUGGAACUGAGCGUGGAACUGAUGCAAGGUUUAUUAACCACAGCUGUGAUCCAAACUGCCACAUUGAAAAAUGGCGUGCACCAAAUGGCGAAUUAUUUGUGGGUGUCUUUGCAUCAGCAAAUGUCCCUGCUGGAACAGAACUCACCUACGAUUAUAAUUUCUCGACCUUUGCUGGUGCGGAGGCACUACAAUGUCAUUGUGGUUCAUCCAAUUGUCGUGGGAUAUUGGGAUCAAAAAAAUCCCAAAAUAAAAAAAUUAAUUUAUCUCAUAAAAAGGAAUAA